AUGCUUGAAAAGUUGUGGACUGUACUAAGAACAGUGUUAUUUGUUACUGGUGGCAUUCAUACUUUAGUUUUUAUGAAGUGGUUAUCUGUAAUUCAUAAAUCAGUGAGGCGGAUGAGUAGUACUAUAGUGGAUUGGUUAACUAUUGAUCCUCCAAUGAAUAAUGUGGUGCAAGUACUGGAGGGGCCUUCAGUUGCCUGUCAUGCCAAGAAAGCUGCUACUGCACUAGUCUCGGGCCACGUGAUUGCCCUGCCUACAGACACGCUGUAUGGAAUUGCUGCCUUAGCCCAGAACAACACAGCUGUAGAAAAUAUUUACAAGAUCAAGAAACGCAAUUCAACAAAACCUCUUGCUAUCUGUGUGGCAGAAGUAGCAGAUGUGUACCACUGGGGAAAAGUCACUGUACCUCACUCACUUCUGAACUCCCUAUUGCCUGGUCCAGUUACAUUAAUAUUCCAGCGCACUCCCCAGCUCAAUCCUGCUCUGAACCCUGGAACAGACCUGGUUGGCAUACGUAUACCUGAUGAAGAAUUUAUCAGAACAGUGGUAAGAUACUGUGGGUCACCAAUAGCUCUGACAAGUGCCAAUAUAAGUACAAGGGAUAGUCCUUUGUGUGUGGAAGAGUUCAGUGAGCUCUGGGACAAACUUUACUGUGUGUAUGACAGUGGUCACAUUGGUGAACAGACAGAAUGCAGAGAGGGUUCUACAAUAAUUGACCUUUCUCAAACUGGAUCAUACAGACUUAUUCGCAGAGGUAUUGCCUAUGAGCAUACUACCCAGGUACUACAGGAGUUUAAACUGACCUUAAUAGAUUAA